ACUUGGUAAGAUAGGACAGAAGAAAAGACGAGAGAGGAUUCAGGUGGCCGGCAAACCGUCUUUCUGAAUUAAAUGCGAUUCCUAUUUCGGAGCCAUCCCGAUUCUCAGCCAUCUGAUCGCUAGGCAACGAGAGUCUUUACUGUUCGACCAAAUCGUAGCGACUAGCGAGAACAACAGUGAAGCUACCGCCUACCAAAUUUCUCCUUCAGUCACGGCGUGACAAAGAGUGAGAAACACCGCGUUAAAGCCUCUUCUCACCCGACUUCCUAUACCAAGUCCCUCAUUCUUCAACACUUCCCCUGUACUCCCCUUCAAUUUCCACUCAUCUUUCCAAUUUCUGCUGCGCAUUAACUUCAGGGCUUCCUAACACUUAUCUUUAAACCCCUUCUUCCUCCCUCCCACUUCGCUUAUCAGUUGUCAGUUAUCUUAUCACGCAGAGGACCUUGCUGCAAAUGAAGAAAUUGAAGAACUAUUACGUGCAUCUGAGGCACCAACCUAAAUGGGAGCGCAAGUGGAUUUUCCCUCUCGCUAUUGGCUCUAUUGUUUCUCUCUUCCUUCUCUGCCUUGCCACUCUCGCAUCACCCGAUGGUACUUCUCUCUUUCCCAUUUAUCGCUCUAUAACCGCUUCCUAUUCCGUUUUUGUUGAAUCCAAGCUUCACCCUAUACCCGCUUCUUCUCUGCCGCCCCCACCAAGUUUCGCCUACCUCAUAUCUGGUUCUGUCGGCGACGGUAAUGCGCUCAAACGCACGCUUUUAGCACUCUACCAUCCUCGCAACUCCUACGUCGUGCAUUUGGACCUUGAGUCGCCGCCUGAGGAGCGAGCUGAUCUGCAGAAGUUUGUGAAAGAUCAUCCAAUUUUCAGGAAAUUUGGUAAUGUAAAGGUAAUCAAGAAGGCGAAUCUGAUUACUUACCGCGGUCCCACAAUGGUUGCGAACACCCUUCACGCCGCAGCGAUCUUGUUGAGGGAAGGUGGUGACUGGGAUUGGUUCAUUAACCUAAGUGCCUCUGACUAUCCACUCGUUACCCAGGAUGAUCUGCUGCAUACAUUUUCAUACUUGCCUCGCGAGCUUAAUUUCAUUGAUCAUACCAGUGACAUUGGAUGGAAAGAUCAUCAACGGGCAAGGCCGAUAAUAAUUGAUCCCGGAUUGUAUUUGUCUAAAAAGCAAGAUGUGUUCUGGGUUACUCAGCGAAGGAGUAGACCAACUGCCUUCAAACUUUUCACAGGUUCUGCUUGGAUGGUACUCACUAGAUCUUUCAUUGACUAUUGCAUAUGGGGAUGGGAUAACCUACCUCGGACUGUUCUGAUGUACUAUGCAAAUUUCAUAUCUUCUCCUGAAGGAUACUUCCAUACUGUCAUUUGUAAUGCCCAGGAAUUCAGUAACACAACUGUGAAUAGCGAUCUUCAUUUCAUUUCUUGGGACAAUCCUCCCAAGCAACAUCCUCACUACCUUAGGCUUGAUGACAUGCAUCAGAUGAUCGAUAGCAAUGCUCCCUUCGCAAGGAAAUUCCCUAGAGGUGAUCCGGUAUUGGACAGGGUUGAUGCUGAACUUCUAUCCAGAGGUCCUGGCAUGGUUGUUCCUGGAGGCUGGUGCAUCGGAAGCCGGGAGAAUGGGUCUGAUCCCUGCUUGGUUAUUGGUAAUACUACUGUCCUGAGGCCUGGUCCAGGCGCAAAAAGGCUGGAAGUUCUGAUCAGCUCAUUGUUGUCAAACGAAAGUUUCCGACCAAGACAGUGCAAAUGACCAUUAGCCGGCAGCUGUGUUUGUUCUGCUGGCCGUCUACAUGCAAAUUUAGUUAGCAUGAUCAUUGAAUUAUUGUUUCUUUCUUGUGAAAAAAAAAAGAAUGAUAUUAUACGCAUCAUCUCUGCUGGAGAGAAGGCAAGGGGAGUCGUUGGUGAACCUUGCAGUAAUGAUAUUGUAUACACCAUUACAUGACACAAUGACAGAACUGAAUGUAGUAGCCCCUAGUGAAGUAGCCACCGCUUCCUUCCUGUGUUCUUUUUCAUCACUUUAUUCCAAGGACAUACAGUCAAACAUGGGUGAGCUGAUUUUAGCUUUUUGUUGCUUUCUUUUCCACGUGGAACAAGUUGGAUGUAAAAUGGUGAACAGAUAAAAGAGGAGUUUAGCUGUACACUGCCCAGACAAAGAGAGAGGGGAUUUGAUCUUUGAGUGAGAAGUCAAAAAAGCAAGAAUAGAUAGCGAAAACGAAGCAUUUGAAGUAAAAUUUCGUUUAUGUGCAUUUGUGGCUUUUCCGUUGUUGCUGUGAUUGAUUUUGACUUGGUUCUCUCCCUGUACCCGAGGCAUUGCCUACCUUUGUAACCAAACUGCUAAUCAGUACAAGUAGAAUCAUUUUGGCAUUUGAGCAGGGACGUAGCUA